GGGAAACCCUAUGUUGAUAUGAAAUACAAUUUUGGUCGCUUUACCAUAGACACUAUUGCCUCUUGCGCCUUUGGCAUCGAGUGCAAUUCACUUGUAGACGAAGACGCCGAAUUCCCCAAAAAAGCUGACAAAUUUUUCGAAGCAACUCCUUUCGAUAUUCUAAAAUUCUUAUUUAUGAAUACGUUACCUAGCCUAGCAAAGUUGCUCAACCUCCGGUUCACUCAUCCUGAAGCUGAUUUCCUGGAGGAAGUUGUAAGACACACAAUAAAGCAAAGAAUGAAAGGAGAAAGACGUGGGGAUUUCCUGGACUUACUCUUGGAAGCUCGCAAUUCUGAUGGCGCCGCCAAGGAAGUGAAGGAAACUGGAGUUGAUAGUACUACCAAGUCAAAAUAUCUGCUGGAUGACAUCACCAUCGCCUCCCAGUGCAUGUUGUUCCUCAUUGCUGGCUAUGAAACCACAGCUGCUACCCUAAGCUUUGCUGCCUUUCAGUUGGCUAAGAAUCCAAGUGCACAAGAAAAACUCCGUCAAGAGAUCCAAGAUUUGGUUCAUGAAGAAGGUGAUAUUACUUACCAAGGGGUCAUGGAAGCUAAAUACCUCGAUGCAUGUUUGAUGGAAACACUACGCCUGUUUCCUCCCGCACCAGUUCUAGAACGAAUAUGCACACGUGACUAUCGGCUUCCUGGCACUGACCUGACGAUCAAGGCUGGUGACAAAAUACAGUGCCCUGUCUGGAGUAUCCACCACGACCCUAAGUACUGGCCUGAGCCAAAUGAGUUUCGUCCGGAGCGCUUUUUGCCCGAGAACAGGGCCAGCAUGAAGAACUUCGCCCACAUGCCUUUUGGAAUAGGACCCAGGAACUGCCUUGCCAUGAGGUUUGCCCUAAUGGAAGCCAAGGUUGUCUUGUCGAAACUGUUGCUUGCGGGAGAGCUGCACCCUGCACCAGGACACGAAGAAAUCGUGCUGGAGCCUGGAAUCUUUGGUAUCAUUAGGACCAAGGGUGGAGUCAAUGUUACCCUGAAGGCACUCUAGAAUUAAAGAAAUGGACGUCGGAUCCUCAGAGCUGUGUAAAAGAAACAACUUCCACUGCCAUUUAAGUACGGUGCUGGUCCUGCACUGCAACUCUUAUAUACAUAGUUCCUUUUCUCUCUUUCGCUUGGUAGACGUCAUGUCAAAUCACAGUGAAAGAACUUUUUCUUUUAAAGAAUACCUAGAAUUGAUUCACUAUAUAAUGAAAAAUUGUUCAACUCGUGAUAACAUAUUAACAGUAAAAUAAAAUGAAUGCUUCAUAAA